GGUGACACACAAACCACACGUGUGUUCGUGUCGUUAUGCUCUGUGAGGGAAAUACUUUCACUUUCAUUUCACUUCACGUCAUUCGUUCGCGGCGCAGCUGUCAGGGCGUCCAGAAAAAGACACAUAAACGAGUAAUAACGAGCGUAAAGCGACUCGGCAGAGAAACGGCAUGACGUUUAAAUACCCGGCUGCACGACGAGAUGAAAACAAGGUGGACGACUACAAUGGAACCAAGAUCUGUGAUCCGUACGCGUGGCUCGAAGACCCUGAUGGUGCAGAAACCAUGGCCUUUGUUGAAGAGCAGAACAAACUGACCAUGCCAUACCUGGAGCAGUGUGCCGUCCAGGCUAAGUUCCACCAGCGCCUCACUGAGCUCUAUGACUAUCCCAAAUACAGCUGCCCCUACAAGAGAGGGAAGAGGUAUUUCUACUUUCAUAACAAAGGCCUCCAGAACCAGGAUGUGCUGUAUGUGCAGGACUCUCUGGACGCGCCCGCUACCGUCUUCUUUGACCCGAAUAAACUCUCCGAAGACGGCACUGUGGCACUGAAGAUGGGACGUCUGUCGGAGGAGUGUGAAUAUUUCGCGUAUGGUUUGAGUAGCAGCGGCUCCGACUGGGUCACGGUGCGCUUCAUGAAGGCCGAUGACCUCACAUCACUGCCUGAUGUUCUGGAGAGGGUUAAAUUCAGCUGCCUGGCCUGGACUCACGAUGCAAAGGGCAUCUUUUACAACUGCUACCCCCGCCAGGAAGGCAAAACAGACGGUACUGAAACCACCUGCAACAUCAACCAGAAGCUCUACUACCAUGUGAUCGGCACCGAUCAAUCCCAGGACAUUCUGGUUGCCGAGUUUCCAGAUCAUCCAAAGUGGCACAGCUCAGUAACCAUAUCAGACGAUGGCAGAUAUGCUGUGUUAUCCAUCACUGAAGGCUGUCAGCCCGUCAACCAGCUGUGGUACUGUGACCUGCAGCAGCUUCCCAGCGGCAUCACAGGACUGCUGCCGUGGGUCAAACUCGUGGACAACUUUGACGCCCAGUACUCUUACAUCACCAACGAGGGAACUGUGUUCACUUUCCGCUCAAACUUGGACGCUCCGCGAUACUGUAUCAUCAACAUAGACAUCCAGAAAGCAGAGAGGCAGCACUGGACGACCCUCAUGCCACAGCACAGCAAGGACGUCCUGGGCUUCGUCUCUUGUGUGAACCAGCACCACCUGCUGGUCAACUAUGUCCACGACGUGAAGGACAUCCUGCAGGUGUACGAGCUGUCCACAGGCAGACUGGUCAUGGAUCUGCCGCUGGACGUCGGCACGGUGGCCGGCGUGAGCUGCAAGAGGAAGCACUCGGACUUCUUCUACAAGUUCACGUCGUUCACGACACCAGGAAUCAUUUACUACUGUGACCUGAGUGAGUCAAAGCCGCAGCCCACAGUCUUCAGAGAAGUGGAGGUGAAAGGAAUCAAACAGGAAGAUUAUCAGACCACACAGGUAUUUUAUCCCAGUAAAGACGGAACCAAGAUCCCCAUGUUCUUAGUUCACGCCAAGGGCCUGAAGAAAGAUGGAAGUCAUCCUGUUCUCCUCUAUGGAUACGGAGGCUUUGAGGCGUCUAUACAACCAUACUAUAAUGUUGCUUACCUGCUGUUUGUGAGACACCUGGGAGGAAUCCUGGCUGUGGCCAACAUCAGAGGGGGAGGAGAGUACGGACUCACCUGGCACAAAGCGGGGACUUUAGGGAACAAGCAGAACUGCUUCGAUGACUUCCAGUGUGCAGCCGAGUAUCUGAUCCAGGAGAACUUCACCACAGCGAGUCGCGUCGCCAUCAACGGAGCGUCUAACGGAGGCCUGCUAGUGGCGGCGUGUGUGAACCAGCGUCCAGACCUGUACGGCUGCGCUGUGGCUGAAGUGGGAGUGAUGGAUAUGCUCAAGUUCCACAAAUUCACCAUCGGCCACGCGUGGACGACUGACUACGGCUGCUCUGACGACCCGGAGCAGUUCAAGUGGCUCAUCAAGUACUCUCCUCUCCACAAUCUCCCUCAGCCGCCGUACACUGGCCCUCCUUACCCAGCCGUCCUGCUCCUGACUGGGGACCACGAUGACCGUGUGGUGCCUCUGCACACGCUCAAGUACUGCGCGGAGCUGCAGCACGGCGUGGGCAGCAGCGCCGCGCAGCAGCAGCCGCUCUUGGUCAGGGUGGACACUCGCAGUGGCCACGGCGCAGGGAAACCCACCGCCAAGGCCAUCUUAGAGGACACGCACAUCUUUUCCUUCAUAGCAGAGACUCUGGGUCUCAGCUGGAAGGAUUGAUGAGAUUAGAAGUGUAAGUGAAAGAGAAAUAUGAUGAGUUACUAGAGGAAAAUACACAGAUAGUCUUUAAUAACGGCUUCUUAAAGGUCCAGUGUGUAAGAAUUAGUGAUAUUUUCUAUGUUUAAAUACAGGUGCAGAGAACAGCAGCAACGUCAGGGCUCUAAAGCUAAUAUGCCAAAGCCAUAUGUCAUUUUCUUAUAUAAUUCAAAAAAUCUCUUAGCUUCUUUUUGCUCUUUUUGGGACUCCUCCUCUCACCUUUCCCAAGUGCGUCAGGGAACUACAGUGGCCUUCGCGAUCCAAACGGGAUUUUUGCAGUAAUUUUUUAAACUUUAUUUUGCUUCUGCUUCAAAAAUACGGCAUACUUAAAAAAUCCUUAUUUUAAGUUACGGAAUCCAAACAUCUGGCCAUUUUAAUGCAAUGAUAAGUUUAUAUCAACAUAUCUAUGGGUUGUAUAUUCAGUUUCUGUCAAUCCCUCAUAAAUGUUACACACUGGACCUUUAACUCCAGAUCACAUUAGCCAAUCAGAAAUGCAUAGAAAUGCACUUCAAUUUAACAUUUUCAUAACAGAGCAUGCCUAUUGUAAAAACUGAAAUCAGUCUUUUAAUAAAUUUUGCACUAUAAA